UGUCUCGGAAUAGCUGUCCAUCUAUAAAUCAAAUGUUUUUAUAUAGCCCUUCUUACAUCAGCUGAUAUCUCAAAGUGCUGUACAGAAACCCAGCCUAAAACCCCAAACAGCAAGCAAUGCAGGUGUAGAAGCACGGUGGCUAGGAAAAACUCCCUAGAAAGGCCGAAACCUAGGAAGAAACCAGGCUAUGAGGGGUGGCCAGUCCUCUUCUGCCUGUGCCGGGUGGAGAUUAUAACAGAACAUGGCCAAGAUGUUCAUAAAUGACCACCAUGGACAAAUAAUAAUCACAGUAGUUGUCAAGGUUAGCAGGUUAGCACCUAGGGAGGAAAUGUCAGUUUGCUUUUCAUAGCCGAUCAUUCCUAGACAGUAUAGGACUGACCCUUUACAGUGAGCUACCUAGACAGUAUAGGACUGACCUUUUACAGUGAGCUACCUAGACAGUAUAGGACUGACCCUUUACAGUGAACUACCUAGACAGUAUAGGACUGACCCUAACCCUUUACAGUGAACUACCCCUAACCCUUUACAGUGAACUACCUAGACAGUAUAGGACUGACCCUUUACAGUGAACUACCUAGACAGUAUAGGACUGACCCUUUACAGUGAACUACCUAGACAGUAUAGGACUGACCCUAACCCUUUACAGUGAACUACCUAGACAGCAUAGGACUGACCCUUUACAGUGAACUACCUAGACAGUAUAGGACUGAUCCUUUACAGUGAACUACCUAGACAGUAUAGGACUGACUAUAAGCCUUUACAGUGAACUACCUAGACAGUAUAGGACUGACCCUUUACAGUGAACUACCUAGACAGUAUAGGACUGACCCUUUACAGUGAACUACCUAGACAGUAUAGGACUGACUAUAAGCCUUUACAGUGAACUAAGGAAUGAGCAAAAAACAGGACUGCUGAACAGAAGAGCAUGGGGACAGUAUAGUUGCAACCUGAUAGGCCCCAGACAGUUAGUGACAAAUGAGAAGGUUGUGUGAGCGUCACAGACCAGAUAGGUUAAAUUACCCUGCUGUCCUGCUAGGGUGUUAGUGUGUAGCCUUAUGACUGGGUAGGGAACUUAGUUAGCAAACUGGUAGGGAAGUUCUAUUCCAUCUGUUUCCAUGGAGGAAAAGAGUGUGAUUAAGUUCAGCCACUGUCAGAAGGACAUCUUCUGUUUCUUCAUUCCAGAGAAAUGUCCAGAGUGUGGAGUGAGCUUCAGCAGUGGCAGGCUGGAGGAGGCUCCUAUCCGUAUCCCCAACCCUUUUUCUAAUGGACACAAGACCCCAUGCUGCUUCCUGGUCGCACCUGCUGAGGAAAACAACCUCAGGGAGUUUGAUGGCGGCUCAGACCUACACACUGGGAUCACAGACACUAAUGGAGUGGUGUUCAACUACACUAAGCCAGGGGUCCGGCAGGACCAACGAGGCUGGGAGAUGUGUAUCAGUAUCCCCCUGAUCCAACCAGACAUGUUUAACCUUCUCAACCAGUGGGACCAAUACCUCAACAAGUUCUCAGAUGCCAAGAUGUGGGACCCAGCAUACAAAAGGUUUAAUAAAGAGACGCACAACUGCUACAACUACACUCUGAUGUUUCUAAACCGUGUGCUAGCAACACAGGGGAAAGGCUCUCUGACCAAAGACCAGUUCACUCAGAGCUUUGUCCUGCCCAAGAUCAAGAGAGCCUGUAAAUACACCACAAUGUGCAGGGAGAUAUCACAGAACUACUUCUAUAUAGCGGACAGUCCUGUUAGAGUGAUGGGGGAAGAAAGAGGAGGAGAGAAGGCUUGACUGUUUGAUACAAGAGGACAGAGACUGAGGCAGCCACAGUGCUACACAGAACAUGAGUUAAAAUGACCAUCAUCCCAGAAACCCUGGAUCCAUAGAUGAUGCAAUCUCUAUUGCACUCCAAACUGCCCUUUCCCACAUGGACAAAAGGAAUGCUCUCCAUUAUCUCCAUGCUAAUCACUAAGCUAAAGGCCCUGUGACUGAACACCUCCCUCUGCAACUGGAUCCUGGACUUCCUGAUGGGCCGCCCCCCAGGUGGUAAGGGUAGGCAACAACACAUCCACAACGCUGACCCUCAACCAAGGCCCCUCAGAGUUACAGUUCAUAUAAGGAGAUCAGUCAAUUGAAAUUCAUUACACGCUAACCUAUGGUUAUCACAACUGGGAAUACAGAUAUGUACAGUAGAAGUCAGAAGUUUACAUUCACUUAGGUUGGAGUGAUUAAAACUUGUUUUUCAACCACUCCACAAAUUUCUUGUUAAGACAUCUACUUUGUGCAUGACAAGUAAUUUUUCCAACAAUGUUUACAGACAGAUUAUAUCACUUAUAAUUCAUUGUAUCACAAUUCCAGUGGGCUAGAAGUGUACAUACACUAAGUUGACUGUGCCUUUAAACAGUUUGGAAAAUUCCAUAAAAUUAUGUCAUGGCUUUAGAAGCUUCUGAUAGGCUAAUUGACAUCUGAGUCAAUUGGAGGUGUACCUGUGGAUCUAUUUCAAAGCUUUCAAAUCCAGUGCCUCUUUGCUUGACAUCAUGGGAAAAUCAAAGGAAAUCAGCCAAGACCUCCACAAGUCUGGUUCAUCCUUUGGAGCAAUUCCCAAACAUCUGAAGGUACCACGUUCAUCUGAACAAACAAUAGUAUGCAAGUAUAAACACCAUGGGACCACGCAGCCAUCAUUCCGCUCAGGAGGGAGACGCGUUCGGUCUCCUAGAGAUGAACCUGAAAGGCCGCUCAGCAAGGAAGAAGCCACUGCUCCAAAACCGCCAUAAAAAAGCCAGACAACGGUUUGCAACUGCACAUAGGGACAAAGAUCAUACUUUUUGGAGAAAUGUCCUCUGGUCUGAUGAAACAAAAUAGAACUGUUUGGCCAUAAUGACCAUCGUUAUGUUUGGAGGAAAAUGUGGUAGGCUUGCAUGCCGUAGAAUACCAUCCCAAACGUGAAGCACGGAGGUGGCAGCAUCAUGUUGGGGGGGUGCUUUGCUGCAGGAGGGACUGGUGCACUUCACAAAAUAGAUGGCAUCAAGAGGUAGGAAAAUUAUGUGGAUAUUUUGUAGCAACAUCAAGCUUGGUCGCAAAUGGGUCUUCCAAAUGAACAAUGACCCCAAGCAUAAGGGUUAGGUAUUGGAGUGGCCAUCAUAAAGCCCUGACCUCAAUCCCAUAGAUAAUUUUUAGGCAGAACUGAAAGUGUGUGCGAGCAAAGAGGCCUACAAACCUGAUUCAGUUACACCAGCUCUGACAGGAGGAAUGGGACAAAAUACACCCAACUUAUUAUGGGAAGCUUGCGGAAGGCUACCUGAAACGUUUGACCCAAGUUAAACAAUUUAAAGGCAAUGCUACCAAAUACUCAUUUGGUGUAUGUAAACGUCUGACCCACUGGGAAUGUGAUGAAAGUAAUAAAAGCUGAAAUAAAUCACUCGUUACUAUUAUUCUGACAUUUCACAUUCUUAAAAUUAAGUGGUGAUCCUAACUGACUUAAGACAGGGAAUUUUUACGAGGAUUAAAUGUCAGGAAAUGUGAAAAAUUGGGUUGAAAUGUAUUUGGCUAAGGUGUAUGUAAACUUCCGAUUUCAACUGUAUCUGUUGGUCACAGAUACCUUAAAAAAAGUAGGGGUGUUGAUCAGGAAACCAGUCAGUAUCUGGUGUGACCACCAUUUGCCUCAUGCAGCGCGACAUCUCCUUUGUAUAGAGUUAAUCAGGCUGUUGAUUGUGGCCUGUGUAAUGUUGUCCCACUCCUCUUCAAUGGCUGUGCGACGUUGCUGGAUUUUGGUGGGAACUGGAACAAGCUGUAGUACAAGUCAAGCCAGAGUAUCCCUCAAUGUGGUCUGGUGAAUAUGCAGGCCAUGGAAGAACUGGGACAUUUUCAGCUUCCAGGAAUUGUGUACAGAUCCUUGAGACAUGGGUCCAUGCAUUAUCAUGCUGAAACAUGAGGUGAUGGCGGUGGAUGAAUGGUACAACAAUGGGCCUGAGGAUCUCAUCACGGUAUCUCUAUGCAUUAACAUUUCCAUUGAUAAAAUGCAAUUGUAUUCUUUGUCCAUAGCUUAUGCCUGCCCAUACCCUAACCCCCCCGACACCAUGGGGCACUCUGUUGACAUCAGUAUCCGCUCGCCCACAUGAAGCCAUACACUCCAUCUGCCUGGUACAGUUGAAACUGGGAUUCAUCCAUGAAGAGCACACUACUCCAGCGUGCCAGUGGCCAUCGAACAUGAGCAGUUACCUGUAGUCAGAUCAAGACCCUGGUGAGGAUGACGGGCACGCACAUACAUAGCCCAUCUGUAAAUAGCCAUCCAACUACGAACUUCAUCCCCAUAUUUGCUCUUUUGCACACCAGUAUCUCUACUUGUACAUCCUCAUCUGCACAUUUAUCACUCCAGUGUUAAUUGCUAAAUUGUAAUUACUUCACCACUAUGGCCUAUAUACUGCCUUACCUCCUUACUUCAUUUGCACACUGUAUACAGAUUUUUCUAUUGUGUUAUUGACUGUACGUUUGUUUAUCCCAUGUGUAACUCUGUGUUGUUGUUUUGGUUGCACUGCUUUGCUUUAUCUGCCAGGUUGCAGUUGUAAAUGAGAACAUGUUCUCAACUAGCCUACCUGGUUAAAUAAAGGUGUUCUCAACUGGCCUACCUGGUUAAAUAAAGGUGUUCUCAACUGGCCUACCUGGUUAAAUAAAGGUGAUCUCAACUGGCCUACCUGGUUAAAUAAAGGUGUUCUCAACUGGCCUACCUGGUUAAAUAAAGGUGUUCUCAACUGGCCUACCUGGUUAAAUAAAGGUGUUCUCAACUAGCCUACCUGGUUAAAUAAAGGUGUUCUCAACUGGCCUAGCUGGUUAAAUAAAGGUGUUCUCAACUAGCCUACCUGGUUAAAUAAAGGUGUUCUCAACUAGCCUACCUGUUUAAAUAAAGGUGUUCUCAACUGGCCUACCUGGUUAAAUAAAGUUGUUCUCAACUGGCCUACCUGGUUAAAUAAAGGUGUUCUCAACUGGCCUACCUAGUUAAAUAAAGGUGUUAUCAACUGGCCUACCUGGUUAAAUAAAGGUGUUCUCAACUGGCCUACCUAGUUAAAUAAAGGUGUUCUCAACUGGCCUACCUAGUUAAAUAAAGGUGUUCUCA